GCGGCCGCGAAGCCUCCCCUUUUCCCGGCGGCGGCUCCUCCUCGUCCUCCCCGGCCUCUCUCCCUUCUCCUCCUCCUCCUCCUCCUCCUCCUCCUUUUCGGGGCUCCCUGGGCCUCCUCAUCCGACCAACCCGGGGCCUACCUAUUUUAGCCCCGCCGGAGGGAGGAGAUGCCAUGACAACGUCCGCCUUGCAGAAAGCCAUUGAUUUGGUCACAAAAGCCACCGAGGAGGACAAAGCCAAGAACUAUGAAGAGGCCCUGCGGCUCUACCAGCAUGCGGUGGAGUACUUCUUGCAUGCCAUCAAAUACGACGCACACAGCGACAAGGCCAAGGAGAGCAUCCGGGCGAAGUGUGCACAGUACCUGGAUCGGGCCGAGAAGCUGAAGGAAUAUUUGCGGAACAAGGAGAAGCAGAGCAAGAAGCCAGUCAAAGAAGCUCAGAAUGAUAGCAAGGGGAGCGACAGCGAUAGUGAAGGUGACAACCCCGAGAAGAAGAAACUGCAGGAGCAGCUGAUGGGUGCCAUUGUGAUGGAGAAGCCCAACGUGAGGUGGAACGAUGUGGCUGGUCUAGAAGGAGCCAAGGAAGCCCUCAAAGAAGCUGUCAUCCUCCCCAUCAAAUUCCCCCACUUAUUCACAGGUAAGCGCACACCGUGGCGAGGGAUCCUCCUCUUCGGUCCUCCUGGCACCGGGAAGUCCUACCUAGCCAAAGCCGUGGCCACUGAAGCCAGCAACUCCACCUUCUUCUCCAUCUCCUCUUCGGACCUGAUGUCGAAGUGGCUGGGGGAGAGCGAAAAGUUGGUGAAGAACCUCUUUGAGCUAGCCAGGCAGCACAAGCCUUCCAUCAUCUUUAUUGAUGAGGUGGACUCUCUGUGCGGCUCCCGCAACGAGAACGAGAGUGAGGCGGCCCGCAGGAUCAAAACGGAGUUCCUGGUCCAGAUGCAAGGUGUCGGGAAUAACAAUGAUGGGACUUUGGUCUUGGGCGCUACGAACAUCCCCUGGGUCCUGGAUGCUGCCAUUCGGCGAAGGUUUGAAAAGCGCAUCUACAUCCCUCUUCCGGAGGAGCUAGCUCGGGCCCAGAUGUUUAAGCUGCACCUGGGCAACACGCCCCACAACCUGUCGGAAACCAACAUCUACGAACUGGCCCGCAAGACGGAUGGCUAUUCGGGGGCCGACAUCAGCAUCAUUGUGCGCGACGCACUCAUGCAGCCAGUCCGUAAGGUGCAGUCGGCGACCCACUUCAAAAAGGUCAUUGGGCCUUCCCGCACCACUCCUGGCAUGAUGGUAGAUGAUUUGCUGACCCCUUGUUCACCGGGCGAUCCUGGCGCUAUUGAAAUGACCUGGAUGGAAGUGCCGGGGGACAAACUCCUGGAGCCUGUGGUCUGCAUGGCGGAUAUGCUGCGCUCGCUGGCCACCACACGCCCCACCGUCAAUGCAGAGGACCUCCUCAAGGUGAAGAAGUUCACAGAGGACUUUGGCCAGGAGGGCUAAUGGCUGUGCCCAUCAGGAGCCGCGAGGGGGCAUUUGGCCACAGGCGGGUGCAGAGAGGAGGGGGCCCUUUUGUGCCGAAGGUGGGCUAUGCCAACCCAAGCUUUGCCCCCCCCCAACUUGGCACUCCACUUCUCUCCACUUGGGGCAGCCAGUUUUGGGAGGAACAGAGGCAGCGAUGGAAGCUGCUCUGAGUAAUGGACGCCUGAUCUUUUAUCCCCCCUCAUCAGGAAAUCCCUGCCACCUUCAUGGUUGCUGUUUCUUUUCUUUUUAAAAUUACUGCUGCUUGGUUUUGUGUUUAUACAAAUAAAAACAGUCCAAAACUGCCA